AUGUCAGGAGAAGCACGCUGUCCGCUUGGAUUCACAGGAACGCCUCCAGUCGGUCAUCCGACAAUACCUGGUCUAAAAGGUGGCAAUGGAGAUGCAAGUGGUAAACCUUCGAUUACGUCAACUUUGGCAGCUUAUAAACCUUCAACUCUUUUAAUCGUUGAUGCAAUCUUUUUGGGUUUAUGUAUCAUUGCUGCCAUUUAUCGUGAUGAUCUCAAAGCACUCCUUCAACGUUCUACAUCAUCUUCAACGCCCGCUGUACAAUUACCACAUGCAAUGCUUUUCCGGUUCACAAUCUCUAGCAGAUACUUUUAA